CAUGGGCUGGUUCGAAGUCAAGUCGGACCAGGAAUAGGCGUUCAUUUAGGCCCGGUCCGGAAUGAAAACGGGCCAUUCCAGGCCGUUCCACGCCGUCUUCGGCCCGGAAUCGAUCCAGGCGGGCGGCGCGACUCGAGGGCUCCUGGCGGCGCAGGAGGCGAGGCGGCGUCCUGGCAGCCGAGGAGGCGACGGCGUCACGGCGCGGCACCACCACCUCCGCUACCUUCUCCCCCUUCUCGCCGGUUGCUGCUUUGCCUGCGAGAUCAACAGGAAGAAGGUCGUGCACCCCAUGUAUGAUGAAUACCUUGGUGUCCGUGAAUUUCAAGAGGAUGAAGUCAACUAUGGCAGUGAUUUCCCAAGUCCAUUGGAUGUGGACUAUAUCUUUUUCGAUGCUGACAGAGACAGUUCCAUUGCAAAUUACUUGUGGAAGGAUAACUUGGAUCGUUGAGGUUGGCCAUGAGAUGCUGUGUCAUGUUUUUAAAUCUGUUGGAACUUGGUAGACAAACCGUAGGGACUUGCUGCAGGCAAGUGUAGACUUUAUGGGUUGUGUAUACUGCAGCAAUGUCGUGCUUAUCUCUGGAUGUCAGGAGUAGGUUGGUUAUGCAGACUAUUGCUCUAUGUAGUGUUUGGUUGCGCGCCCUGUUUUCUGUUACCCUUCUUUUGAACGCAGCCUGCUGAACGGUUUAGAGUCCUGGAAUUGAUCCUGUCCAUAGUUCUGGAA